UGAGGGUGCGUUAGAAAUUCCACUGGGGGCUUAUUCCUAAGGCCCUUGACUGUCACCUACAAAAUUACAAUUAUUUCUACGGUAGCAUUUUGUAGAAAAAUUCACUGGGGGCUUAUUACUAAGCCAUUUGGCUAUUACCGAACAAAAUUACAAUCGUGAAUAAGAAGCCAAGAAAGGCGGAAGCGUCGCGUUUUUAAGGUGGAACGGAUAGCGUCAAUAACAAGUUGGAUUCGGUACAGGAAGACGUGUUUGAGAAGAAAUUGAAAGUGAAAGCUUGUCUUUCUAAUCAGUGUAACCAAAGAACAAAAUUUAGACGCGGAGUCUUUUCUUCACUUGCGUAAAGUAUUUUAAGGAGAUACUAAGAAAAAGGAUGGCAUCCAUCCCAUUUUAUGGCUGGGAAGCAUACUAUGAUGAGGAUCGCCAUCUUAAGGCAAACCAGGCGCCCAAAUCAGGCAGACUCUACACCAUGUAUCAUGGCACCUCUGUGCAAAUAGCUCGUCUGAUCGUAACAACAGGCUUCCAACAAUCAGCAGAUGGCAUGCUGGGACCUGGAGUUUAUGUAAGCCGUGACCAGAAGAAAGCAGAGCGCUAUCCUCUGAGAGCCCAAUCCACUGACAGAGUAGUGCUUAAAUUGAGCGUUGACUGUGGAAAAGUCAAAAGAAUUGAUAAGGACAACCAUCCUCUACAGAAGACCUGGCAUAAUCAAGGCUAUGACACUGCUUGGGUGCCUCCUAACUGUGGCAUGAAAGCUGUGCCUAGCGGUCUAGAGGAGGACUGCGUCUAUGACCCGAAGCGUAUCGAGGUUGUAGAUAUUGCUCUUGCACCCAACACGACCAUCUUAAAUGAACUCAAACAGCUCAUUGCUCAAAACAAGAAGGGGCCAUUCAAUUCGAACACCUCAGGUACUUGUCCAGUGUGCAAGCUGACAUUAGGGCCUGCUCAUAUUGUACAGCCAUGCUGGGGGUGUGGACAGAAUAUCUGCGCUCUCCUGACCAAACACGAGUGCAGUCGUCAGGGCUAAGAAACAUCUCAGGAAAUCAUGACAGAUGAGUCAUUCAGGUUUUUGGACUGGUUUGUCGACAUGCGUCAAUGCAUGAUGUUUGAAGUUGAACUGACAGCUACUUUAUCUGUCUGUGUAAAAUUGUUUACUUCCCACAUAGUUUUCAGUGACAAUUAUGCAUUGACAAAUUCUUUUCCCAGCUGAUUUGUGCCACCAUAUUUGAUGUUAUAUUUAAACUCAAAAUGCAUAUGAUUACAUAUGACUGUGAAUGAUCUGUUUUUUCUCAAUCAAUCAGGUAUGUUUCAAAUGUUUUAAACAAUCAGUAUUGCAGACAAUAAAAAGAGACUGUCACCUUAUUCAGUUCAAGUAGUAGUAAGUUGCUUUUUAUAGGCAGGUGCAGGUAUAUUUCAUAUUUUUAAAAAAGCUGCUUUGCUGUUAGUAACUAGUAAUUAUUAAGAUUUAGUCCUGUUCACACCAAAAACAAAAUAGAUUUGAUUUCAUAAUUGAAAUAUGGAUUAACCAGAUCUUAUCACCAAACGAUCUGACUGCACAAAGUCACUGGGGUGUAUUUGUAGCAAUAGCCAAAAAUACAUUGUAUGGGUCAAAAUUAUUGAUUUUUGUUUUAUGCCAAAAAUCAUUAGGAUAUUAAGUAAAGAUCAUGUUUUA